AUGUCCCUUUCAUCUGUCAAACUCAUGGCUAGAUACCAAUUUAAUCAUUUCGUGGACAAUUUUUAUGAUUUGCACCUGUCACUUCAAUCAAUUAAUGGAGGGUCAUUGGAGGACCAUAUUGUCGUGUUCAAGGAAAUAGUUGCAGAUUUGGAGACAUUGGAGGUUAAGUACAAUGAAGAAGAUUUGGCUUUGAUCCUGUUGCGUUCGUUGCCUGGGUUUUAUGCGUCGUUUCUGGUCACCAUUUUGUAUAGUCAGGAUACUUUGACUAUAAACGACGUCUAUGAUGUUUUGCACUCAAAGGAGAAGUUGAAGCAUUUGGUUGGAGUUACAUCGAGGGAUGAGAAAGCUCUUGUAUCUCAUGAUGGUCGACGGAGAGGCAGAUCGAAGAAUAACAACAAUUUGUUUUGCUUCUACUGCAGAUGUAUGGGACAUAUUCGGAAGGAUUGUGAUAAGUUGCAAGUUAAGGGUGAUUUAACUGCAAAUCGUGGAGCGCAACUUUUGACUUCAGACGAAACAAAUCGUGGUAUCUGA